UCAAGGCCAAACAAAAUGUCAACUUGACAGCUGGGGUGUUUUUAUUUGUAGUAUAAUUAAGACAAGUUUAUUUUAAAACAAUGGACAAAGAAGACUUAUUCUUGCACACUUAUUUUACCCAUUUGUCGCAAAUAUCUUACGAUAAGGCCAAGGAGCAUGUUGAAAAAGAGAGAGAAAGCUACAAGGGGGCACAACUGUCACUGUGGGGCACUUUUUUGCACUUCCUGCAACAGCUCGUUUUGACCGAGAAGAGUUACAUAGAGUUAGGUUUUCUCCAAACAAAAAAUAAAAGUUUUUUGCGUAAAGACAACUCAUUACGUUCGAUUUAUGAGAGUUUAAGGUCAGAUUUGCGUAAGCUUGAGGACAAUUGCAAAUCAACUGUAAUAGACAGAAGGGUCCAACAUUAUUGCCAAAACAUUUACCAAUUUUUAAAUGCGCGCAUAAAUAUGAUUGAUUUAUAUGAGAGAAUAUACACAAUGGGACACAACAAUCAAUUUAUGUACACCGAUAUGCUAAAAUACAUCCAAAACCUCAUAGAAAAACACUCUCUUGACUUCACUGAUAUUAGUCUUACGCCGGUAAAGGCCACUUUUGCGUUAGAAAUUGAAAUUUUAGAGCAACUCUUUAAAGCCUUGACUGAACUCCAAAGACUACAGUUUUUACCGUCUCUCGCCCUAAUUCAUGGGGCACAUACAAGAUUGGCUUUGUGGGAGAGCAAAAUACCAAAUCGCGAGAAUUGGAAAAUCAGUUUUCUGAAAAAUAACCCUCUCCCCGCUUUAUUUCAAUGGUUGCAAAAACUGAAGGGGUCUGUUUUGAGCAAAUUUAGUUUAUAUUUUCACGAUACUUUAGCCCAGCAGACUACACCUCCCGAUAUGAGACAUUUGUGUGCGAAAUUACACCACGACCAUUACCAAAAAAUGGUGAGUUUUCACCGUAAAUAUGAAGCCGCUUGCGUAAUUUUACUCUCAGACAACCAAGUUAGUUGUGAUACGACUGAUUACGACAGCUUUCCAAUCAUAGUUUCAUAUCCCCCCAGGAGUCCUCCCCAAUUGGACACAAUUCUAAAAAUGAUAUCAGAAACAACGGAAGAGCUCGCAUGUGUCGAUAAAAUAAUCUACAAAUUUAGUUCUCAAAGCCAAUGCACCUACAUUUUAACAACCGUGGAACCAAAUAUUUAUUUAGUGGUACUGUUUGAAAACAAAAAAUCUGAAAAGGAUGCUUUUAUUGGAAAUUUUGUGACCGAACUUUGCACCAAUUUAAGGUGCACCAAGGUUUUUACAGCCUUGAAAAACACAUCAAAAUAACUGAAAUAUUUUAUUUUUUAAUAAAUUUUGUAUCAUUUGAA